CCUCUGGGAGAGAGCGGGCCGGCGCCAAUGGUCGUCGUCGGCGGCGGCGCGGGGGAAGGUGGCAACGCGAGCGCCCUUCCUCGCCGCCUCCCUCCUCCAUUCAUUGCCGUCGCCUGCGUCUUCCCCCGGCCCCCUCCGGAGUGGGCGCCGCCGCGGCCGCCUCCGCCGCCAUGGAGGCGCUGAUCCCGGUCAUCAACAAGCUGCAGGACGUCUUCAACACGGUGGGCGCCGAUGUCAUCCAGCUGCCGCAGAUCGUGGUGGUCGGGACGCAGAGCAGUGGGAAAAGUUCUGUGCUGGAAAGUCUGGUGGGGAGAGACCUGCUCCCACGAGGCACAGGGAUCGUCACCCGGCGCCCUCUCAUCCUGCAGCUGGUUAACGUUUCUGCAGAGGAUCUUCGGAAAAAAACUGGAGACGAAAACGACCCUGCAACUUGGAAACAUGCAAGGCACCUUUCGAAAGGGGUUGAUACUGAAGAAUGGGGGAAGUUUCUGCACACCAAAAACAAGCUCUACGCAGACUUCGAUGAAAUUAGGCAAGAAAUAGAAAGUGAAACUGAAAGGAUUUCAGGAAAUAAUAAGGGGAUCAGCCCUGAACCGAUUCAUCUAAAGAUUUUUUCCCCUAAUGUUGUCAAUCUGACUCUUGUAGAUUUGCCAGGAAUGACAAAGGUGCCUGUAGGUGAUCAACCAAAGGAUAUUGAACUUCAGAUCCGAGAACUAAUCCUUAGAUUCAUUAGUAACCCAAAUUCAAUUAUUCUGGCAGUCACUGCUGCCAACACGGACAUGGCCACUUCUGAGGCCCUCAAAAUAGCACGGGAAGUGGAUCCAGAUGGGCGGCGCACCCUUGCUGUGAUCACAAAGCUGGAUCUCAUGGAUGCUGGCACUGACGCUAUGGACGUACUUAUGGGAAGAGUGAUCCCUGUUAAACUUGGCAUCAUUGGCGUCGUGAAUAGGAGUCAGUUAGAUAUUAACAAUAAGAAGAGUGUCGCUGAUUCAAUUCGUGAUGAGUAUGGUUUUCUCCAGAAGAAGUACCCCUCUCUAGCCAACCGGAAUGGAACAAAGUACCUUGCUAGGACACUCAAUAGGUUGCUUAUGCAUCACAUCAGGGAUUGCUUGCCAGAACUGAAAACCAGAAUCAAUGUUCUAGCCGCUCAGUAUCAGUCUCUGCUGAACGGCUAUGGGGAGCCUGUAGAUGACAAGAGUGCCACAUUACUGCAGCUGAUUACCAAAUUUGCCACCGAAUAUUGCAACACCAUUGAAGGGACAGCAAAAUACAUCGAGACUUCAGAACUGUGUGGUGGAGCUAGGAUUUGCUACAUUUUCCAUGAAACCUUUGGGCGUACCUUAGAAUCUGUUGAUCCACUAGGUGGCCUUAACACCAUUGACAUAUUGACAGCCAUUAGAAAUGCUACUGGUCCCCGCCCGGCCCUGUUUGUGCCUGAAGUUUCAUUUGAGCUCCUAGUAAAGAGGCAAAUCAAACGAUUGGAAGAGCCCAGCUUGCGUUGUGUGGAGCUUGUUCACGAGGAAAUGCAGAGGAUUAUCCAGCAUUGUAGCAAUUACAGUACACAGGAAUUGUUGCGUUUUCCAAAGCUCCACGAUGCCAUCGUUGAGGUUGUGACUAGUCUUUUGCGUCGAAGGCUACCAGUUACAAAUGAAAUGGUUCACAAUUUGGUAGCCAUUGAGUUGGCCUAUAUCAACACUAAGCAUCCAGAUUUUGCAGAUGCCUGUGGACUAAUAAACAACAACAUAGAGGAGCAAAGGCGGAACAGGUUAGCCAGAGAGAUGCCUUCUGCUGGGUCACGGGACAAAUCCACUAAGCCUCCUGGUGUUUUGGCACCACCCACCCAGGAGACCUCUACUGCUGGUUCUGCCGAGGUUGAUGGCAAGACAUCCUCUGCUAUGGGAGAUGGAGCUCAGGAAGCUGGAACAGGCAACUGGAGAGGCAUGCUGAAAACCUCCAGAGCUGAGGAAAUAUUAGCCGAGGAAAAAUCAAAACCAGUAACGGUCCUACCUGCUAGCCCUCAAAGAGGCCAUGCUGUAAAUUUGCUGGAUGUGCCUGUUCCUGUUGCACGCAAGCUUUCAGUCCGAGAGCAACGAGACUGCGACGUGAUUGAACGCCUUAUCAAAUCGUACUUCCUGAUUGUGAGGAAGAACAUACAAGACAGUGUGCCAAAAGCAGUAAUGCAUUUUCUGGUUAACCAUGUGAAAGACUCUCUUCAGAGUGAGCUAGUAGGACAGCUGUACAAAGCCUUAUUGCUGGAUGACCUUUUGACUGAAUCAGAGGACAUGGCUCAGCGCAGGAAGGAGGCAGCUGAUAUGUUACAGGCCUUGCAGCGAGCCAGUCAUAUUAUUGCUGAGAUUCGAGAGACACACCUUUGGUGAAGGGCUUCUCCAGCUGGGUGAAGAAAUGGAUGACUUGAAAAUUGCUAGGCAUUAUAUAUACACCUAUGAACUUCUAUGUUUACUGCAGUAUGUAUAAAUCUGCUCACAUAAAGACAGUUCAGUUUGGCUUUCUACGGACAGAAGAGUAUGCUGUACUUGCAAAACAAGUCUCAUAUAAUCAACGUAUUUUCUUUACUAGUUUCCUGGUGCAAAGACCAAGGUCUAUUCUCCUGUGAGGAAUUGGACUGGACUGAACUUAAGGAAAUAACCAUGUAAAAAUUCCAGUGCCUGGCUUGCUAAAUGAGUUACCAGUGGUUAGGAUGAACUGUGUAGUAUUGUGAUGUAGCCUUUUAAGCUGGUUUUGCAAUAUAGGUUUUUCAACCAUGAAGAAAGGACACCACGAUAUUUUCUUUAAGAUGAAUUUAAUUGCAUGCUCUCUAAAGUCUCAAACAGAUAAACAGCACAGUAGAAAUACUGCCUUAUGUGUACCCUCAUGUUUUAGAACCUUAAAAGAAAUAUCUGGCUAACUUCCAAAAUGCAUUGGCUAUUUUUGUCCUUUAGCUAGAUAAAUCUGGAAUAAGUGGAGAUUCUGCUAAGAAGCGUUAUCAACAAAGAAGUAAUCAGAAUUUGAAGAAUCCUCAUGUCUGGGACCAAAACCUGUGGACCAUCCACUUGUGCAGUUCCAGACUAACA